CACCAACGGUCACAUUCCCACCUCUCUCCUAUUUAAAUUUGAAUCCCCUUCACCUUCCAUUCCCAUUCUCACUCAAACCUUCUCUCUCUCUCUCUCUCUCUCUCUCUCUCUCUCUCUCUCUCUCUCUCUCUCUGUGUUGUGUGUAAAACCCAAUUCCAAUUAUAAUCUCUCUAAUGGGGGUGUUCUCAACCUACUCAUCAUCGCCCUCGGACGCGGCGUCGACGCCGCACACCCACAAGGUGUUCCUCCUCUGCAACUACAUCCUCCUCGGGGCGGCGUCGAGCUGCAUCUUCCUCACCCUCUCCCUCCGCCUCCUCCCCUCCCCCUGCGGCCUCCUCCUCAUCUUCCUCCACGCCCUCACCGCCGUCGGCGCCGCAGCGGGCUGCGCUGCCUCCCGCGGCUCCGCGCGCUGGCACGCCACCCACAUGGCCGGCACCGUCCUCGCCGCCAUCUUCCAGGGGGCCGUCGCCCUCCUCGCCUUCACCCGCACCCCCGACUUCCUCACCGAGCUCCGGUCCUACGUCCGCGAGGAGGACGCCGAGGUCAUACUCAAGAUGGUCGGCGGCCUCGGCAUCGCCAUCUUCAUGCUCGAGUGGAUGGUGCUCGCCCUCGCCUUCUUCCUGCGGUUCUACGCCGUCGUCGAGGGCGGCGCCGAUCACCAUGAGGCGAGGAUGAGGAGCGCCAAAGUCGGGAAUGAGGAGAGUUUGAAGGAUUGGCCCUGGCCUUUCCAGGUUUAAAUUUUUAUGGAGGAGGAAGAGGAGGACAUAUAUGAAUUUAGUAUCUAUUUGUGAUUGAGGUUUACUCAUUUAUUACUACAUGUGUGCCAUGGCAAAUAUGUAUUUUGCUGUUAUUUUGUAAGCAGUAUUGAUCUGCUCAUUUAUUAUACUUGUUGUUUAGUGCAAUGUAUUCUUUUGCUGUAACUAUCAGUUGUGUUUGUUUUUUUAAUCAAGUAAAAGCUAGAAGAUUGUAUGACACUUUUGAGAUUUGAAAUAAUAUUAAAAUUUUUUAAUUUAA